AAAGCCUCCUGCAAUCGCGAAUCUGAAUCAGAAUCGGAAUUAGACGAAAAGCUCAAGGCAUCUAAACUCUCUGAAAAGAUUCUCCGAAGACAACAAGUCGCAGAAAGAUCGCUGAAGACCGUUAAGCAGAAAUCGAAAGCAAAUCAGCCAACUAGCAAUGCAGUCAGCCGAGAGUAGUAGAAAUCGAUCCACCCACACAUACCGCUUCAGCAUGGGUCCUCUGGUGGUCCUUGCCGCCGCUCUCGUCCUGGUGGUGAUGCUGCCAGGCCAGGUAUCCGCCCGGAUGGCCUUCGAGAAGCUGACAGACUUCGACUUCCCCGGCAACACGUACUACAGCGUGAAGAACCUAUCGCUCUACGAGUGCCAGGGCUGGUGUCGCGAGGAGGCUGACUGCCAGGCGGCGGCCUUCAGCUUCGUGGUUAACCCCCUGUCCCCGUCCCAGGAGACGCACUGCCAGCUGCAGAACGACUCCUCGGCCGCCAAUCCAUCGGCAGCACCGCAGAGGAGCGCCAACAUGUACUACAUGGUGAAGCUGCAGCUGCGCAGCGAGAACGUCUGCCACCGUCCGUGGAGCUUCGAGAGGGUGCCCAACAAGGUGAUCCGCGGCCUGGACAACGCCCUCAUCUACACCAGCACCAAGGAGGCCUGCCUCUCCGCCUGCCUCAACGAGAAGCGCUUCGUCUGCCGAUCCGUGGAGUAUGACUACAACAACAUGAAGUGCGUCCUCAGCGACUCGGAUCGUCGCAGCUCCGGCCAGUUUGUCCAGCUGGUGGAUGCCCAGGGCACCGAUUACUUUGAGAAUCUCUGCCUGAAACCGGCCCAGGCCUGCAAGAACAACCGCUCCUUCGGCAAUGCCCAACGCAUGGGCGUCUCCGAGGAGAAGGUGGCCCAGUAUGUCGGCCUGCACUACUACACCGACAAGGAGCUCCAGGUCACCUCCGAGUCCGCCUGCCGUCUUGCCUGCGAGAUCGAGUCCGAGUUCCUGUGCCGCUCCUUCCUGUAUCUGGGCCAGCCGCAGGGUGCUCAGUACAACUGCCGGCUCUACCAUCUGGACCACAAGACCCUGCCCGACGGCCCCUCCACCUACUUGAACCACGAGCGCCCCCUGAUCGAUCACGGCGAGCCGAUUGGCCAGUACUUUGAGAACCAGUGCGAGAAGGCUCCUGGCUCCGGUCCGGGCUCUCCACCCGGCACUCUGGACAAGAUCGACACCCUGCCCGUCAGCCUGGACACCAUCGAGGACCCCAACCUGACCAACCUGACCCGCAACGACGUCAACUGCGACAAGACCGGCACCUGCUAUGAUGUCUCCGUGCACUGCAAGGACACCAGGAUCGCUGUCCAGGUGCGCACCAACAAGCCCUUCAACGGACGCAUCUACGCUCUGGGCCGUUCCGAGACCUGCAACAUCGAUGUCAUCAACUCGGAUGCCUUCCGCCUGGACCUGACCAUGGCCGGACAGGAUUGCAACACCCAGAGUGUGACCGGAGUCUACUCGAACACGGUGGUUCUGCAGCAUCACAGUGUGGUCAUGACCAAGGCCGACAAGAUCUACAAGGUCAAGUGCACAUACGACAUGAGCUCCAAGAACAUCACCUUCGGCAUGAUGCCCAUCCGCGAUCCCGAGAUGAUCCACAUCAACUCAUCCCCCGAGGCACCGCCACCAAGGAUCCGCAUUCUGGACACCCGCCAGCGCGAAGUGGAAACUGUUCGCAUUGGAGAUCGUCUCAACUUCCGUAUCGAGAUCCCCGAAGACACUCCCUAUGGAAUCUUUGCCCGCUCCUGUGUGGCCAUGGCCAAGGAUGCCCGCACCAGCUUCAAGAUCAUCGACGACGAUGGCUGCCCCACCGAUCCCACCAUCUUCCCCGGCUUCACCGCCGACGGCAAUGCCCUCCAGUCGACGUACGAGGCCUUCCGAUUCACGGAGAGCUAUGGCGUUAUCUUCCAGUGCAAUGUCAAGUACUGUCUGGGUCCUUGCGAGCCGGCUGUUUGCGAAUGGAAUAUGGAGUCCUUUGAAUCUCUGGGCAGGAGGCGUCGUCGUUCUAUCGAAAGCAAUGAGACCAAGAGCGAGGACGACAUGAACAUCUCACAGGAGAUUCUGGUUCUGGACUUUGGUGAUGAGAAGCGCGAAUUCUUCAAGGCUGAUCCCAGCACGGACUUUGCCAAAGACAAGACUGUCACCAUCAUUGAGCCGUGUCCCACGAAGACAUCGGUCCUGGCUUUGGCCGUCACCUGUGCUCUCAUGAUCCUGCUCUACAUCUCCACCUUGUUCUGCUACUACAUGAAAAAGUGGAUGCAGCCCCACAAGAUCGUAGCAUAAGGCGCUAAGGAUGUGGACGAGCGGAACGAGCG